CGAUUAACUAAUUCUUUGGUAAUUCCAUUAGGCCACCCUAUACUAUACUAUAUAUAUACACACACACUACCACCAUUUGUUCGAGCUUCUGUUGUAUUUAGGAUACCAUUAUUCCUGCUUCGUGCUUGUGCAUCUUUAAUCAGCAGUUUUUCUCUUCUUUUCCUUUCAUUUCUGAGUGCUAAUAUUAAGAUAACGUGAUGUGCUUUUCAACAUCAGUAAAGUGCUUCCAAAUAAAGAGGCAACUGCCGGAGCUAAUUCGUCCGGCAAGUCCAACACCACACGAAAUUAAACUCUUAUCCGACAUUGAUGACCAAAAUGGUCUACGAUAUCAUGAAUCCAUGGUAAGCUUUUACAAAAGAAGAGGGGAUCAAGAUACUAGUAAUCGUAGCAAGGAAGAAGAUCCUGUAAAAGUAAUUAAAGCAGCUCUGGCUGAGACAUUAGAGUCUUAUUACCCAUUCGCCGGGCGAGUAAUAGAAGCACCAAAAGAGAAACUGGCGGUAGAUUGCACCGGUGAGGGCGUGAUGUUUAUCGAGGCGGAUGCCGAUGUGACGCUAGAAGACUUCGGCGACGAGGUUCGACCACCAUUCCCAGGCUUUGACGAGUUAUUGUAUGAUGUUCCUGGCUCUAGUGAAAUUCUCCACGCUCCUUUGCUCCUUGUGCAGGUGACACGUCUCCGAUGCGGAGGUUUCAUCUUCGCCCUCCGUUUCAAUCACGCAAUUUCAGAUGGUGCGGGCAUCGCACAAUUUCAAAAGGCCGUGGCCGAAAUCGCAAGAGGAGCCUCAGCCCCAUCGGUAACUCCGGUAUGGAUGAGACAGCUUUUGAACGCAAGAGACCCUCCGGGAAUAACUUCCAUCCACCGGGAAUACGACGCCACCCCCUACUCGAACACGAAAACACAAGAUCCAUUCGCGUCACAUAAAGACUUGGUCGAAAGAUCGUUCUUUUUUGGCCCGGGGAAAAUCUCCGCAAUACUGACCUUUCUUCCGGCUAACCUCCGCCUCAUGUGCUCCGAUUUUGAUGUCCUCACCGCAUGCCUUUGGCGAUACCGGACACGUGCCCUCCAAACCAGCCCAGAAAAGGAAGCCAAAGUCAUGUUUGCUGUGAACGCCCGUUCCCGGUUUAAUCCACCUUUGCCAAAAGGGUACUACGGUGUGGCAUUUGCCACACCCGUGGCGGUUACCACGGUUGAAGAACUGAUCAAAAACCCGCUCGAGUACACGGUGGAGCUGGUGAUGAAGGCUAAAUCGGAAGUGACAGGGGAGUACAUGAAGUCGGUAGCCGACCUGAUGGUUCUGAAAGGGCGACCGGCACAUGUGGUGGAAUCGGCAUUCUUAGUUUCGGAUUUGAGAAGGCUUGGAUUCGAUCAGGUGGAUUUCGGGUGGGGGGAACCGGUUUACGCAGGGAUAGCCGAACUUCCGACGGAGCUGAGAGAACAAGGAAGGGGAGAAAGGGAUCAAUGUUCAUCUUUGCUUACCAAAACUUGCCAUGGAAGGGGAGAAAGGGAUCAAUGUUCAUCUUUGCUUACCAAAACUUGCCAUGGAAAGGUUUACUGAAGAGAUUAACGGGUUAGGUUGGUGAAAAUUACCUUGAAGGGUGUACAUAUUGGUCGUUGAAAACACCUCCCCAGAAAAAUUAAACGUGUGGCUACAAGGUAAAAUGUGAUUAAGGUAGCAUGCCCAACAAUACAGUAUCUUAAUAAAUAAUUACUUGAAGUUUGAUAUGUACUAAAAAUAAUACAAAUACUAUAGCCCACUGGAUUUAAAAAAAAAACAAAAAGAGUAUUAACUCACAUUGACUUUUGGCACUGAUGUUUUUGGGAGAAGCUGUUUAUUUAAGAAAGGAG